AUGUGGAAACUUUUGGCCCUAUCAUAACCAAAUCGAGCUGGUCCUUCGCUGAUGUUGAAUUCCGUCUUUCUCGGAAUUAGUUCCAGUGAUAUAUUUAUUGAUGACCUGGACACUCCUUUUUCCCACGAAACCGUAGCUCUCCAGAAACGACGAAAGGCUCUGCGACAGCGUCUUCUCUUGCGCUCUCAACAACUUCUCGCUGAUUCCUCCAGUCAAAAUUCGCCGCUGGUAGAGAGACUUGAGAUUGAUAUCAAAAGCCAGGGACUAGCAUUCGGGAAAAUCCACUCGAGUCUCGUGGGUGGUCGUGAGAAUUGCUUCUUCAUCAAAAUGCCGACAGGAACCACUCGCAUUUUUGCAUCGGCUUCUCAUGAUGAACGCAAAUGUUGGCUCACCAGGUCCAAAUUUGCACGAAGACCGAUGGAGUGGGAGGUGGUGGAAGAGAUAAUUCCUCCGUCAGAGUCGAAUGGAGACUUUCUCCCUCUCUGGAUAAUUUCCUUCUAUUUCACUGUUAUUUGUGCUCGACUGCAGUUGUCAACUUCGGAAUGCUUCUUUUAA